AAACACAUAUCCCCGUCUCAAAGGAGCGUAACUGUUUUUUGGCGUUGCACCACAAUGGUUUCUUUUCGUUCCCUUCGCCGCUGCAGGUGGUUGUGAAGCAGCAGCUGCUCGCUGCUCUUCCUCGACGGGAAGAAAACACACACCAGACUUUUACUGAAAGGACCUGCGGUGAGGAACAUGAGCGACUCGCUGGAGAGGACCACAGAAUGUCCUCUGCUGAACCUGGAAGACGGACCCGGCCCGAGCGAGGAGACGGGGAAGGCGGCGGACGGCGGGGAGCUUCCCUGGCAGGAUGAAGGUCUACCUGUGGAGCUGCAGAGGGGGAUGGAGAACCUGCGGGUGAACAGAGAGCUGACCGAUGUCACGCUGUGCGUCCAGGGACACGAUUUCCCCUGCCACAGAGCCGUCCUCGCCGCCGCCAGCCAGUACUUCAGGGCCAUGUUUCGCAGCGGCCUCAAGGAGAGCCACGAGGAGCGGGUGGAAAUCAAAGGUCUGGACAGCGGGACGAUGAGCUCCCUGCUGGAGUAUACGUACACCAGCCGAGCCCUCCUCACCCAGGCCAACGUUCAGAGGGUGCUGGAGGCCGCCAGCCAGUUCCAGUUCCUCCGUGUCGUAGAUGCAUGUGCCACUUUUCUGAGCAAAGCUUUGCAUCUGGAAAGCUGCAUCGGGAUCCUGAACCUCGCCGACAGCCACGCCCUGCCAGCACUGAGGACCAGGACUCAGGACUACAUCACCUCUCACUUCUCUCAGGUGAUCCAGCUGGAGGACUUCCUGCAGCUGCCGGCCGAGUCCCUGGAGGCCAUCCUGCAGAGGGACAGCCUGGACGUGAAGUGCGAGGAGUGUGUUUUUGAGGCGCUGAUGCGCUGGGUGAGAGCCCAGCGGGACGAACGCUUCCCACUGCUGGCCAGGCUGCUCUCACACGUGCGACUGCCGCUGCUGGAGCCGGCGUACUUUGUUGAAAAAGUAGAGUCGGACGAGCUGAUCCGCAGCUGCAGCGAGGCCUUCCCUUUUCUGCAGGAGGCCCGCACUUAUCACCUCUCCGGUCGGGAGGUGGUCUCAGAGCGAACCAAACCUCGCGAGCAGCACUUUCUCUCUGAGGUCUUCCUGAUCAUUGGAGGCUGCACCAAAGAUGAGCGUUUCGUUUCCACUGUCACGUGUUUAGACCCGCUCCGACGCAGCCGGCUGGAGGUCGCCAGGCUGCCGAUGACGGACAUGGACGAUGAGUCCCAAAGCAGAAAGUGGGUGGAGUUUGCUUGUAUCACCUUCCACAAUGAAGUUUACAUAUCCGGGGGUAAGGAGACGCAACAUGAUGUUUGGAAGUACAACGGGGCCCUGGACAAGUGGAUCCAGAUCGAGCCCCUGUCCACUGGCCGCUGGAGACACAAGAUGGCGGUUCACAGCGGGAAGGUGUACGCCAUUGGCGGAUUUGAUGGGGUUCAGAGACACACAAGUGUGGAGGCUUAUGAUCCCUUUCACAAUCGCUGGACGCAGGUAACGCCUCUUGCGAUGGGCGUCAGCUCCUUUGCCGCCGCCAACUUCGACAGAUGGAUCUACGUGAUUGGUGGAGGUCCGAAUGGAAAACUGGCCACCGAUAAAGUCCAGUGCUGGGAACCCGGGACCGACAGCUGGGAGCUGCGGGCGCCAAUUCCCACGGAAACUAAGUGCACUAACGCUGUAACGUUCAAAGACUCCAUCUACAUAGUUGGUGGGGCCAUGCAUGCCAUGUACUGCUACUCCCCCCACUCCGACUCCUGGUCUCUCGUGACCCGUCUGGGCGAGAGGGCGAGUUGCGCCAUCGCCGCUUGCAACAACAAACUUUUCAUCACAGGAGGAAGAGAUAACAAGAACCAAGUGAUCUCCACAGUCAUGUGCUGGGACGUCGCCAGAGCGACGUUGACGGAGGAGUGUGUUCUGCCCAUGGGCGUGUCACACCACGGCAGCGUGACCCUCAUGAAGUCCUACACACACAUACACAGAAUAACACUUCCGUCAGAGUCUCAGUGACAGGUUACACCCUUUACGAACUGUGGCUGGUAUAAAAAUGAUGCAGGAAGCUUGCGCACACGUGCAUAUACAUGCUUGAACUUGUCCCUAAACUUUGCACUCAAUCCUUGAGCCAUAUUUUUAUUUUUUUUUUGUAACUGUUCUUAUUGAAUAAAAGGUUUUCAAAUCCUGCAAGAUUUUCAAAAUAAAGGUACAAUAGAAAUGAAUAAGUCAAUAAAUAAAUAAAACAGAAGAAAGAAAA